UAUCGACACGUGGCAACCAGUGAAGCUCACAUCAUCCUAUCUAUCUAGAAGCACACAAAGCGCGGCCAUAGCUGGGAAGAACACGCACCAGCUAGCACUCCGAGUGAUCGAUCGAUCGCUGCCGGCUAUGGCGACAAUGUCUGCGAGCUUUGUAGCAGCGUCCACGAUUCCAAUCUCGCGAAGCAGCGGAAGCAGCAAACAAAUCCACAGGAUGAGCUCGUUUGGAGGCCUCAAAGCCAUCAACACCGUCAUGGGAUUGGGGUGCUCGCAAUGCGUUGACCAACAAUUCGCGCAGCUCCAAGCCCGAGCGCUCAAAUCUUCCUCCAGGCGUGGUGGUGCACUGGCCGCCAAGGCCAGCGUCUCGGAGGAGGUCUUUCGCGUUGUUCCCAUCAUGACCGUGCUUGUUCUCGUGGGAGUCGCCGUUGGUUUUGUGUUGCUUCGGGUGGAGCAAGCGGUGGAAGAAGCCGAGGAUGGCUGAGCGCAUGAUCGAUUGAUCGAUACUAUGUGAUUGUGUGGAGGUUUGCCAUGAUCACGUAGCUUGCUGCCUCCCUUUCAUCCAUCCUCAUCAGACAAUCAAAGGCCUCCUUUCCCAUCUC